UCUCUCUCUCUCUCUCUCUCUCUCUCUCCCUCUCUUUCCCUCUGCUCGCUUCUCUCACACUCUGUGUGCCUGUGUUUCUGCCAAGGUCUGAGUCUUUCAGUGUGGGAAUGUAGCAAGCUCAGAGACAGGACUGCCUUUGAAUUCUGGUGCAAUGACGGAUGCAGGGCAGAAGCUCGGAUGUGCACUGACAAAACGGGAGAACUGAGGGCAGGGAUUGGGAAAAGGAUCUGAUGGAUUUAACCCUCGCAGCCAUCUCUGCCUGAUCACAGUACAUCAUUCUCCCCCUCUCCGCUGUUCUCUCCUGUGGGGUGGAUUACCGGCUACCCGUGUCCACUGAUGCACCGCUGUAGAGACUAGAGGGAAGAUCUUAGCUACGUAGCCAGAGACAAAGUGCCGUGUUGAGGGAGAACGAGAGACGCAGAGCUGUCCCUUGUGUGGAGCUGUGCUUCUGCCACUACCUGAGCUUCUCCACACACACACACACACACACGCACAAACUCACACACAGAGGCAGGGCUGCGCCAGCCGCGACGACCGAUGCGUUAAUGCAGCUGUGAGAGAAGAUCUGCAGCAGGGAGCUGCCCUCGCACUAACACUCACGGAUUUACAAGGAAAAUUUGACUCCAGGCAGAACACCGACGGAUCUGCAAAACUUAAUUUUUGUUCUAUUUUUUGCCUCUAUAUAUGGAACGUCUUGGGAAUUACCUUUGGUUCUUCGGAAGCUGAACUAAACAGAGGCUUGUUCCCAAAACCCGCUGUUCUCCCAAACCCACUCCUUUUAGGUUUCUGAUCGAGUGCGUGUGUAUGUGCGUGUAUGUGCGUGUGUGUGUGCGUGUGUACGUGACUACUUGUGUCUUCGGGAUUUAGGGUUUGUUUACUGUAUUGUAUAUAAUCUAUUUAUUUAUGUGUUUAUAUAUGUAUAUACAUAUACGUAUAUGUAUAUAAAUAUAUAUAAGCUGAUGUUCGCUGUGCUUUUCAAGUGAGUAGUCAGUAUUGCAUGUAUCUGUAGCUGUGGAAGAGUGUUAAAUGAAUAUUAAUGAGAUGCCCAGUUUUGGCUCCCUCCCCAGCCCCCUCCACUGCUUGCACUACUUCCUGGCUGGGCCCUGAACCCCAGAAGCAUGAGUGAGAGAACAGCACUAGGGGCCACCAUGGAGACCAUGACCCUGGAGGAGCCCGGGGGUGAACAAGCCUCUCCCCGGGCCCCAGGGCCCCUCCGCUGUGGCCCCUGUGCAGUCUGGCCACGCCAGCAGACCUGGCUUUGUGUUGUGCCCUUGCUGAUGGGCUUUGUGGGCCUGGGCCUCAGCCUGAUGCUUCUAAAAUGGAUUGUGGUGGGCUCAGUGCAGGAUUACGUCCCAACUGAUCUGGUGGACGCCAAUCGCAUUGGACAGGACCCGAUUUUUCUAUCUAAACCCAGUUCCCUGCCUAAGGGUUCUGAUGCUUCAGCAUCUACCACUUCCACCACUCCCUCAGCAGCUCCAGGUUCUGCAACUCGAGCAGCUGAGGGCACAGGUACAGUGCAAAGAACUCGAAUUGGGCAGUCCUCAAACCACACGGCCAGUAGCAGUAGCAGCAGUGGAGGUGGCGGUGGGGGGUUAGGGGGAGGCUCAGGAAACAGAGCUCCACACCUGCAUAACAGAGUGGGAACGCGAGUGACCAACAUCACAACCACAACCCGGGCCACCAAUCCUGCUCCACCAGGAGGAAAGGAGGUUACUCCACGCAGCACCACUGUCCGAAAGCCCAAUGGUGAGGGCGGGAGUCGAAGCGCAUCACCUUCUGCACGAGCUGGGCCACCGAGUCCGACCACCACUAGCACGACAACCACUACGAUUACAACGAGCACUACCACCACCCAAGCUGCCCAACCGACCUCUACCCCUGCAUCGCCCUCCAAGCCUGGUCAACGCUGGAACCAUGGGCGCUCCUCCAAGGGGCCUUCCACCAAACCUACUCGCCCACACCAUCGCUUCAGGACACGUAAGUGUGAUCAACUAAACGGUUUAAUUUAUAAAUAUGGAUGUGUUUGUUUGCGUGUGCUUGUCCCACUGCCUGUGAUGAUCCAUGAUUUUAUGAAACACCUUUUUUCAGUUCUAUAGCCGCAUCAUUUGGUC